AUGUCGAGCCGAACACGCCCCGGUUGGUUGAAGAAGCUGAAGCGGAUCAUUGGACGGCGCAUCCGCUCGGGAAGCCUCAGCGCUGAGGCCGCGCGCCAACUCUGCGACGAGGUGCUCCCAUCAAUCCAAAGGCGUUCCCCACCGCCGGCCGUUUCAGCAGCCGCGCGCCAGUGGAGGGACGACCACCGCCCUUGCUGGGAGCUGGAGCUGUUCAUCGGACAGUGUUACCGCUCGGGGGACCUCGGCCCCGAGGACGCACUCGAUCUGUUCGAUGAAUUGCUUCACCAAGCGAGGCCUGGCUCAGUUUACGCCCUAAACCAGCUGCUCACCACGGUCGCUCGCGCCCCGGUCUCCUCCACCGUGCGCGACGGCCCUGCACUCGCCGUGUCCCUGUUCAACCGCAUGGCCCUAGCGGGCGCCAAGAAGGUGGCUCAUAAAAAGACCCAUAAAAUGGUUAUUUCAUCUAUAUCUGUGUGA